UGUUUUAGCUCCACGCUUUGAAGGGCUCGAAAAAACUUUUCAGAACUGCUUCUGAGAAACGUCGUGUAAAGAGAGAGAGAGAGAAAAGAGGGGGGAGAGUGAGGGUGAAAGAGAGUGUAAGUGUGAGGGAGAGAGAUGGGGAGCAGAAGGAGCUGCAGACAAAAACAAGCUGUCUUCCAUGUGGUGAUUUGAGCUCAGCUGUUGACGGACACCUUUGUUGGACAAUAUUUCUGCAAGAGACUCAAUAGCAGAGGCUUGAAUCCUCACUUUCCCAUCCUGUAAUUGAAGUUAGCCACCAGCUGUAUCCGUGAUGCAGUGCGACGAGCUCUCAGCCAGAGAGGAGUUCACCUACAGCCACAUGUCCACCCUGGAGAGGGGCAGUGGGACGCUGGGACGACGGAGUGACAGGGGAACUGAGAGAAGGCCAGACAGGGGGGAGCGGUAUAGGCCCGAGCGGGACAGCUACACUGUGGACGUGAGGGCCAGUGACCUGCAGCUGGCCCAGCCGGAGCCUCUAAAGCACCCCUGCUUCAGCUACAGGGCCUGGCUCUACAGCGUCCUCAUAGGGGGCAGUCUGCUCAUCACAUCUGGUUUUUCUCUGUACCUGGGAAAUGUGUUCCCUGUUGCCAUGGACUACCUACGCUGUGCUGCUGGCUCUGGCCUUCCGGCAGCGAUUGCCAGUUUUGCCAUUGCCAAGAACAGACAUGUUGCAGUGUCAGAUUUCCAGGUGGUCUACGUGUCAACAUUUGCUGUGACAACCACCUGUCUGGUUUGGUUUGGAUGCAAACUGGUCCUGAACCCCUCUGCUGUCAAUAUCAACUUUAACCUCAUUCUGAUGAUUUUGCUGGAGGUGUUGAUGGCCAGUACUGUCAUCCUGUCAGCCCGCUCUGCAGAGGACUGCUGCUGCCACAGGAAGCCGAUGACAUAUGACAGAUCUGGGCUUCUAAGGCCUGCAGUGUUCCCCACUCGACUCCUUAAAGCGUAUUCUGUGAUCGAGGUGAUCGUGGGAAUUUCUGCUGUAUUUGGAGGGAUUAUUGCACUCAACAUGGAUGCUUUGCUGCCUGGCCCUUACUUGUCUGUCACAUUUUUCUGGAUUCUUGUGGCUUGUUUUCCAAGUGCUAUUGCCAGUCAUGUCGUGUCAGAAUACCCCAACAAAUGUCUGGUGGAGGUGUUGAUUGCGAUCAGCAGUGUGACGUCUCCCCUGCUCUUCUCAGCCUCCGGCUUCCUCUCUUGCAGUGUGAUCAGCUUUAUUGAAAUUUUCCUGCAUGAUGUGCCCACAGCCAAGCAAUCCUACGACAUCCUGCUGCUGAUUCUCAUGGUGCUGCUGCUGGUGCAGGCAGUUCUGACUUCAGCCACUGUGGUGCACUGUGCCUCCUACAAGAGUCAGCUCCGCAUGGGGGCUCUAGAGUGCGAUGACAGCAUGCACACCCCGAGCCAUUCCUUCGAGCAGCAAGCAGCCAAUGGAACGCUGCAGGAUUUUGACAAAGACAGAGCCUGGAAGGCAGUUGUGGUCCAAAUGGCCCAAUGAACAGUCUACAGCACACAGAGAAGUUUGAUAAGAAGUGGGGGAAAAAAGGAGGAAUAAACAAACUCUGUAAGCUGUAAGCACAAGAGCACAAUCCUGAGACACAACACACUGGAAGAAAAGGCUGUAAAGAUGAAUUCAGAGACAGAGGGGAGAAGGGAGAGGGAAAUAAAGAACGUAAGAAAGAAAUCAGAGCGAAUAGGGGUUGAAAAAUGCAAGGCAGAGAAUAUGAUUUUGCAUUUGUUUUUGAUUAUGAUAUUUGCCAAGAUUCCUCUGAUGUAUGUUUUCUGUAACUAUUCCCCAUAGUUUAAUAAGAUUUCUGUGUUGACAUUAUAAAGGUACAAUGAACAAUCAUGUGAGUCAAUGUUCAGUAGCAUUAAACUCUUCUGAGCACUUGGGCCUGAAUACAGUGUUUUAUAAUGUCUCUAAAUAUUUAACUUUAUAUGGUAAAUGCAUACAACUGAAUUUAUUCUGGAUUUGAUUGAUGAUGCACUUUUUUCAACAUUAUCAUUGAGGUUGUACUGUUGCGUAAAAAAGGAUGUCCAUAUGAACAAAAAUGCAUCAAAGACAUCCAACUAAAGAGCAUAUUAAUUUUUUUUUUCUGCUUUUUCUUUCCUUUUCUAUCUUAUUUUUGUAUCUCUACAAAGACAAUGAUCUAAAAUGACCAAUCUAUGCAUUUUUGUUACUUUUCCCAAACAGCUUGUUGCAGCUUAUCUAUAAUUCGGCACUGACUCAAAUUACUUUGAGCUAUCAACCUGUCAUGACCUGGUGAUGUUUGACAUAGCCUUGUUUAUGGAAGAGUUUUCCACAGAUGCAAAAGAUCUUAUGUGGCAGACUUUAUUCUGUACAGAUUUUUUUAGUAGUAGUACACUCAUUUAUCUUAGCACUCUCUUGACUAUACGUUUUGUUUAGUGGUUGACGUCUUUGUGUCGUCUUGUGUACAGCGGUGUAGCAACAGCAUAUAUGCAACAUAUUACAAGAGAAUUGACCCGCCUGGAUAUUGCAGAUUAACUGUUGUAGAAAAUUUAACUGAUAUUCUGU